CUCUCGUGCAGACAGAGGCGGGAGCCCAGGCAAAGAGGGACAUAGAUAAGAGAGAGACGCCCCCGUCCGUCCGUGCGAAAGCUUGGCGGAGAACGUCAGUGCACCUGCAGAGGAGCUCCGGAACCAAAGUCGGCUGAGGUGCGGAGCCCGCAGCAGCCAUGGCGUCCCGGAAGCAGGAGCGUCAGCUCCAACAGGCCCGUGAGGCCGGGCAGAUCGAGCCCGAGAUGGACACGGAGACAGGCAAGAUGAUCAACCCCCAUAACCCGGAGUUCAUCACCAAGCGGCCGUGGUACCUGGGAGAAUCCGGCCCUUCCCUGGUGCACCACAGCAAGCAAAAGGUUGACGCGGUGCUUACCAUGAAGAAGGCGGACGAGCUCGUGCAGCAGCGCUGGGCUACCAAGAAGAAGGUGGCCACGGGGUAUCGAAAGGGUGCCUGCAAGAACUGCGGCGCGAUGGGACACAAGGCCUCGGAGUGUGUGGAGCGCCCUCGGAGCGGCAAGAAGGCGGCGAUGAAGACGGGGAUGGACAUCGCCGCGGACGACGUCCACACCGACCUCACUUCGCACGGAAAGGUGUCCUUCGACGCGAAGCGGGACCGCUGGCUGGGGUACCACCCGGAUGAGCACAAGCACACCAUCGAGCGUUUCAACAAGAUCGACCAGGAGAGAAGGAGGGCGAGGAGAGAAGAGGCGGAGAAGCAGGAGGAGCGGAGGAAGGCGAAGGAAAAACUGCGGGAGAUAAAAAAGGCCGCAAAAGCCGCAGCAGCGGCGAAAAGCGGCACGACCGGUGCCGGUUCGGCAUCCAACGGGGGAGGCGCGAAUGGUACCGCUUCGGCGAGCGGCGGCGGUGCGAACGGGACCGCUGCUGUGGAUAGCGAUGACGACGACAGCGAUGUUGCCGGGGGAGGCAAGGGCAAGGAGAGCGAGAAGGACAGCGAUGAGGACACGGGGUCGGACUCUGACGCUUCCGACUACGACUCUGACGAGGAGGGAGGCUCCGAAGACGAAGACAACCGGGAGUUCGUGCAGAAGGACGUCGAGCAGAGGGAUUUCCAGGGUCGAGUAGCCCGGCAGGGUGGGCUCGGUGGUGCCCAGAUGAAGACCACUGUGCGAAACCUGCGUAUCCGAGAAGAUAGGGCCAAGUACCUCUACAACCUCGACCCCAACUCGGCCUACUACGACCCCAAGACGCGUGCGAUGCGCGACAACCCCAUGCCAGAGACGGCGGCGGAGGACCUCGUCUUCGCUGGAGACAACUUCAUCCGUUACACCGGCGACGUCCGGGAGCAAGCUCGCACGUCGGUAUUCGCGUGGGAGGCGGCCGAUCGCGGGCAGGAGGUGCACCCCGUAGCGGACCCCAGCCAGGCCGAGAUGCUCAGGAAGAAGUUCGAUGACAAGAAGACUACUCUCAAGGAGGAGCAAAAGCAGCGCAUCCUCGACAAGUAUGGAGGGUCGGAGCACCUGGACGUGCCGGACGCAAGGCUGCUGGUGGGGCAGACGGAGAGCUACGUGGAGUACGACCGCACGGGCCGUGUCGUCAAGGGCGCGCCGAAGGCCGUCGCGAAAUCAAAGUACGAGGAGAACGUGUUCCCAUCGAACCACACGUCGGUGUGGGGCAGCUACUUCGACAAGAGGUCGAUGAGGUGGGGGUUCAGCUGCUGCCACUCGCUCACGUUCAAGUCGUACUGCACUGGCGAGGAGGGGAAGGUUGCGAACGAUGAAGCUAACUCUGUGCUCAAUGUCGACCUGGCGGGCGAGCGGAAGAUGCUCGAGGGAAGAAAGGAAGGGGAGGCGUCCAAGGUGCCGGAGAUGACGGCACGAUCGGACCUCUACGGAGAGGGUACGGCCAACGUUGACCUAGACGAGGAUAAGCUCAAGGAGGCGGUGAAGAAGCAAAAGGCGUUCUUGAGCAAGGGGGGAGAGGAGGUGGACGACCGGAAGCGCAAGUACAACUCCAUGACGUCAUCUGAUGUGACGAAGGAGGACAUGGAGGCGUACCGGUUGACCAAGGCCAACAACGACGACCCCCUCGCGAACCUGAGCUCCGAUGUGCUGCUCGACGAGGACCACGGAAAAUCGAAGUAGGCGUGUGUGUUCCCCCCUACUGUACCGAGGGGGGUUCGUUUUUGUCUUUGAAGUCCUGGAGUAUGUUUUUCGUAUCGACAGAAGAUAAAGCAACGCAGCUUGCCUCGGGCAACCGUACUGGUCCUCUUGAGAUAUUCUCGGCAGUUUUUUUUUUGUGUGGUGGUGAAGUUAUUUCAUGUCGACAAGGAAGUUAGAAAAACAGGGAGAAGGAGGAGGUAUGAUGGAGGUCGAGUGGAAAAGAAGCAUGGCUAUCUGUGCAGACAAAUGGUUGAGAUAGAGAAGAGUACUAAACAAGCCAGCGUGGAAAGGGAGGAAGAGGGGGGGGUAGUUGGAAAGGGGUGCUUGGUGCUGCCACUUUGGCGGAGGCAUGAUUGGCACAAAUAUUUUUUGUGGGGUCUGUCUAAGAGCCCGAUGGGCGGGGGAAGCGAACGCGAAAGUUGUAAAUUACCCCGCAUCUCAGCGGUGAAACAUGCCAUGCUUGUAGGGGCAGGUCGUCACAGGCUUGGCCUUUCUUGCUCCCUUGGUGCACCCUACCGUAGAUGUGCCGAUCAAGCCCCUUGACCCUGACAUCCCAAACGGCCGGGUGAUCCGAGGCCACCAAUGUACAGCAGUAGGUACAUUCAAUGUUGUCGUGCUCCAGUUCAAAUUGGUCAAUGUAGUUGUUAGGCGAAAGGGCUGCUAGAUAGCGUGGCUUGCGAUCACCGGAACGCAGUGCUGAGACUGCGCUCGCACGCAAAACAGAGCCUCUGAUCGACUGCUGCUGCAGAUCGCCUCAGGUGGGAUGAUGCUCACCAAAAUCUACAUCUCGCUCUGAUUUCAAAGAGGGCUACCUUCACUCGCCCUGUGGAGAGCAGUGCGUUAGUUUUGGUGUGUAGUGUGUUUCUGUUAACUUACUGGCGUUCGUGUUAG